AUGGAGCCGGCAGGACAUACCGCGCAGGCGAAGCCGGGGCAGGUUUCCACCGGCAAACCUCAAGAUGCCAAACCCCGUCUGUUAUUGAUGGGUCUCCGACGGAGUGGGAAAUCAUCGAUCGCUAGCGUCGUUUUCCACAAGAUGCCUCCUAACGAAACGCUCUUUCUGGAAUCAACUACUCGCAUUCAAAAAGAUUCCAUCCAUUCGUUUAUGGACUUCCAGGUUUGGGACUUUCCAGGUCAGCUUGAGUACUUGGAGCCAUCUUUCGAUCUCGAAGACAUUUUCGGAAGCCUUGGAGCACUCGUUUGGGUCAUUGAUGCACAGGAUGACUACCUGGACUCGGUCGCACGCCUGAAUCGAACCAUCUUGACUGUCCAGCAGUAUUACCCUAACAUCAACAUCGAAGUCUUCAUUCACAAGGUUGAUGGGCUCUCAGAAGAAUAUCGCACCGAUACAUUCCAGGAUAUCGUACAGCUCAUUUCAGAUGAACUUAGUGAUGCCGGAUAUGAAAAUGCGCCUGUUCACUACUACCUCACGUCUAUCUAUGAUUAUUCCGUCUUUGAGGCAUUUAGCAAGGUGAUCCAGAAGCUGAUCCCAAAUCUAUCGACUCUGGAGAACCUAAUCAACACACUCGGCAAUAAUUGUGGAUUUGAGAAGACCUAUUUGUUUGAUGUUCUCAGCAAGAUCUACAUUGCGUCUGAUACUCGCCCAGUUGAUAUGUCCUGCUAUGAAAUGUGCUCGGACUAUAUCGAUGUGAUUGUGGAUAUCUCAGAACUCUACUCAUGGGACCACCCCGACCGCAAGCCCAAAGGCGAGCAAAAUCAUGAGGCAGAGAGCCAUGUGGUGCUGCACGACGAGACCAUGAUCCAUUUGAUGGAAAUGAACAAAUAUCUUUGUCUCGUGUCCGUCAUACGCAAUCCUGAAGCGAAGGAGAAGAAGGGUUUGAUUGAUAUGAAUUGCCGCACUUUCCAGGAGGCCCUCAAUGAUGUCUUUUCUCGCAGCUGGGAACAGGAUCAGGAAGGGUCCGAACAGGGUCAGGUGACGGAGCAUGGCGAGCCAAGCUCGAAUAACUGA